AUGUUGGACAACUACGUGCUUGGAUGGAUCGUAUGCGCCACGCUGAGCAUAUUUGCGGUUCGCAAUUUCGUUUUCGCGCAGAAGAAAUGUUGCGCUUCGUCGGAGACCGACGCCGUUCUGUGCGCGGAAAACAUCACCACUGCUGCCGGAGAAUGCAGAUCCUCGAACCGCGACGGCGAAGUUGACGUCCUAAUUGUCGGAGCCGGUGUCGCGGGCUCCGCUCUCGCUUACACUCUCGGCAAGGAUGGACGUCGAGUACUUGUCAUUGAAAGAGAUCUGAGCGAACCAGACAGAAUAGUUGGAGAGUUGCUACAGCCUGGAGGCUAUCUCAAGUUGAUUGAGCUUGGACUUGAAGAUUGCGUGGAUAAAAUUGAUGCUCAACAAGUGUUUGGCUACGCUCUUUUCAAGGAUGGAAAACGCACAAGACUCUCUUAUCCGUUGGAAAAGUUUCACAAGGGUGUUGCUGGCAGAAGCUUUCACAAUGGUCGUUUUAUUCAAAGGAUGAGAGAGAAGGCCGCCUCCCUUCCCAAUGUACAACUGGAGCAAGGAACAGUUACUUCCCUACUUGAAGAAAAGGGAGUAAUUAAAGGCGUGCGGUACAAAAGCAAGGAUAAUCAGGAAUUAUCAGCUAGUGCACCCCUUACCAUUGUUUGUGAUGGCUGUUUCUCAAACCUGCGUCGUUCUCUUUGUAAUCCUAAGGUAGAUGUGCCCUCUUGUUUCGUUGGCCUAGUUUUGGAGAAUUGUGAACUUCCUUUUCCAAAUCAUGGCCAUGUCAUACUGGGAGAUCCUUCGCCAGUUCUGUUCUAUCCAAUAAGUAGUACAGAAAUCCGCUGUCUGGUUGAUGUUCCUGGUCAGAAAGUCCCGUCUAUUUCCAAUGGUGAAAUGGCAAAGUAUUUGAAGACAGUGGUAGCCCCACAGGUUCCUCAUGAGCUUCGUGACGCAUUCAUAGCUGCAGUGGACAAAGGCAGCAUCAGGACAAUGCCAAACAGAAGCAUGCCAGCAGCUCCUUAUCCUACUCCCGGAGCCCUGCUGAUGGGAGAUGCAUUCAACAUGCGCCAUCCUCUAACCGGUGGUGGCAUGACUGUGGCAUUAUCUGAUAUAGUAGUGCUACGAAAUCUUCUUAGGCCUUUGCGUGAUCUGAAUGAUGCACCCAGCCUCUGCAAAUACCUUGAAUCAUUCUAUACCUUGCGCAAGCCUGUGGCGUCCACUAUAAAUACUUUGGCAGGAGCCCUUUACAAGGUCUUUUGCGCAUCAUCUGAUCCAGCAAGGAAGGAAAUGCGCCAGGCUUGCUUCGAUUAUCUUAGCCUUGGAGGUCUAUUCUCGGAAGGGCCAGUCUCUCUGCUUUCCGGAUUAAAUCCUCGGCCCUUGAGUCUGGUUCUCCAUUUCUUUGCUGUUGCAAUAUAUGGUGUUGGCCGUUUACUGCUACCAUUUCCUUCACCUAAACGGAUAUGGAUCGGACUUCGAUUAAUUUCUAGUGCAUCUGGAAUCAUCAUGCCAAUAAUUAAGGCAGAAGGAGUCCGUCAGAUGUUCUUCCCUGCAACCGUUCCAGCUUACUACCGAAAUCCCCCGGCUGCUUAA